AUGUCCAGGCUGGCGGUGGUGUGUGGGGGCUCCAGGGGGGUUGGGAGGGCAGUGUCCCGCCUGCUGGCACAGAGAGGCUGCAGGUUGGUGGUGGUCUCCAGGAGGGACGAUGCUGCCCGGGCUGCUGUGGCUGAGCUGCAUGGAGCUGACCACAAAGCUUUCAGCUGUGACAUCUCUAAAGGGGAGGAGGUGCAGAAAACCUUUGAGAUGAUCCAGAGAAUGUGUGGAAACAUCUCCUACCUCGUGAAUGCAGCCGGCAUCAACAGGGAUGCUCUGUUAGUGAGGACCAAGCCUGAAGACAUGAUUUCCCUGCUGCACACCAAUCUGCUGGGCUCCAUGCUGACCUGCAGGGCAGCUUUGCGCAGCAUGCUGCACAUGCAGGGAGCUGCAGUGGUCAAUAUAGGUUCUGUGGUGGGCCUGAAAGGAAAUGCAGGUCAGUGUGUGUACAGCGCCUCGAAAGCUGCGUUAGAGGGCUUCACUCGCUCUCUGGCUAAAGAAGUCGCUUCACGCAACGUUCGAGUCAACCUGGUAGCUCCAGGUUUCAUCCACACAGACAUGACGGCAGGGCUGAGGGAGGAGGACAGAGCUCGCGCCGUCCCUCUGGCGAGGUUCGGCACGCCGGAGGAGGUGGCCCAGGCUGUUCUCUUCCUGCUGGAGGCCUCCUACGUUACAGGACAGGUGCUGGUGGUGGACGGAGGGCUGCAGCUGGUCAUGUAGGGGGGUGUUCCCUCAGGAGCUGUUUCACAUCUGAUCCAAUCAGCAUCAUUCUGGCAGAGGAGAACUACGCUUUAACAGAACGACAGAUGUUAAAGACAUCAGAAGAACAAGAAGGCUUCCUGCUGAGUCACCCUGUGCAGCCACAGAGGGUGUGUUCAGGCAUGUGUGACAGUCCGUCAUGACUAACGCUGCUGACUCCAAAGUGUCUGGCUCAGUCCAGACCCCCAUGGCCUCACGCUCCUAAACUUGAUCCCAAGAUUUAACUGUUGGUCUUUUUCCAUGACCGUCGAGGGUUUCUCCACUUCCCUCAGGAGAUCCCCUCAGAGCCAACACACACACACACGCACUCACACACACACGCACGCACACACACACACACACACACACACA